CGGACGGUGGUAUAUCUAGCGCAAACGUCAUCUUCAUAUGUCCAUCACACUCACUUAGACCCUUCCCUCCAAUAUGACUGUUAUAUCAGAUGGACCCGAGUGGUGGCCGCUAAUUAAUUCAUAUCGUUUGUGCAGCUAUUUUUUAGUCGCUUCCUUUACUGCGGUCGUAUACGAUUGGGCCCUGACAUUUGGACAAGAGUUAGAACUGAUCUGGAGACAACGCUGGUCCCACAUGACCAUUUUAUAUCUCAGCGUGCGCUACGCUGGACUACCAUACGCCGUCGCUGUUGUGCUGUCGGGUCUUCCGUCGGUGUCGGUAUCAGAUGGAGGCUGCAAUGUCAUGUACUUCGCACAAAAUUGGAUGACCGUGGUGAUAAUUGCCAUAUUGUGUGUCAUCGUGAGCAGUCGGUUAUAUGCCAUGUAUCGGCGAUCCAGGAAGAUGCUCGUCUUCCUCAUUGCGAUCUUCCUACCUGUCACAAUCACCUGCGUAGUGCUCGCCGCAAUAGGAAGCAGCUAUAUUUCUGGAGAGGAGUUUAUCCUGUCCGGCACCUAUCUAUGUCAAUAUGACCUCAAUGGAGUUGUCAAAAUUCUGAUGUUCAUGACAUGGAUCCUCUGCACUGUAUGGGGGGUUCUUGCACUGUGUCUUGCAGUCUGGAUUGUUGUAAAAUACUUCCGUGAAGUGCAACAACUAUCAACAGGAGGGACCAUUACAAACUGUUUCAUGGUGUUAACAAAAAUUCACAUGAUUUAUUUCGUAUUUUUUGUUGCUGUUUGUUCUAUUGGCCUCGGUGCUUUCUCUCCAAAUUUAUAUGUAAGCUGAUAUGUUAUCGAGUUCGUGUUUGUGACUGUUAAUCAUUUCUGUAGAACUCAUCAUCCGCGGGCGCUGAGGUUUAUAAUGGUGUUCUUCAAAUUUUGUUGCUUGUACAGAUGUUCGUGCUAGGACCACGUCUCAUCCUUGGUGUCCGAGAGCAUGACGCUCAACUCGCAGUCAACACCGAUGCUGGACCGUCCUUCACCACUAUCAUCUUCCAGGAGCACGACCUUGUGUCGAUUAGCAGUAAUGUGUAGUAAGAGACACGCUACAAGUGAGUAACACUUGUCGGGUUGUCAUCUGCGGGAAGCACGAGAAUUUCAUUUAGGGUUUUCAUCAUGGUGCUGAUAUACCGUAUUUAAGUAGAUUUAAAAUAAAAA